AUGGUCUUGGGAAGAAACCAUCUAUUACCAUUCAUUGCUCCUUUCCUAUCAAACCCAAUUGUGGAUUGGAUAGAUGAUAAAUUCACUGCACUCUGUGUAAACACUUUGAAAUCAGGCCCUAUUCCUCAACAUGUUGCCUUCAUUAUGGAUGGUAAUAGAAGAUAUGCUAAAAACAAAGGUUUAGAGAUCUUUAAAGGCCAUGAAGCCGGUUCUGCAAGUUUAGUAACAAUUAUUGAUUCAUGUUUUAAAUUAAACAUAUCAAAUGUAACAAUUUAUGCAUUUUCCAUUGAAAAUUUCAAUAGAAGUAAAGAGGAAGUUGAUAAACUAUUUGAAAUCUUGGUUGAUAAAUUGAAUUUAUUCUUGGAUAAUGAAAAAGAAUAUAAUAAAAUUGUUCAAAUUAAAAUCAUUGGUAAUAAAAAUUUAAUCCCAUUGGAAACAUUGGUUAAAUUGGAAGAAAUUGAAAAACUAACAAGUGUUAAUACUGAUUUGAUCCUAAAUGUUUGCUUUGCAUAUACUUCAAGAGAUGAAAUUACCCAUUCAAUGGAAAAAACAAUUGAUCAAACUUUAAACAAUGAAUUAGUUAUUAAUCAAAUUAAUUCUGAUAUCUUGAAUCAAAAUUUUUAUUUUGAUAGAAAUACCCCUAAAGUUGAUAUCUUGAUUAGAACAAGUGGUCAUACUAGAUUAAGUGAUUUUUUAAUUUGGCAAAUUAAUGAUUUUGGAAUGAUUGAGUUUUUAAAUGUUUAUUGGCCUGAAUUCACUUCAUUACAAUAUUAUUUUAUAUUGUUGAAAUGGAGUUAUAAUAAAUCAAUCCAAGAUAAAUUGACACAAUGGGAAUCAUUUAAAUCCACAAAUAAUGAAAUUAAAAAAAUUGAUUUAAAAUCUUUAACAACUCCACCACCAUUUGUUUCAAUCUUGGGUGAUUAG